GCGUCAACUAAUUCCUGUCUUCAAUGGGCUUUCGAGUCUCCGCAUGUCCCAGCUCCUCAACUUCUUCUUCUAAACACGUCUCAGGCUACUCACUCGCACCCUGCGCCAGUUACGGCUAAUCUUCUUAGCGGUUGUCGCUAUUAUGUCUUCGGGCUCGGUUAACGGCAGCGCCAGCGUCCCGCCAGAAACGUCUGAGCAGCUCCUCGCGGACGCUAUCAAGCUCGUCGGGAGCACGACCGUCUGCGGCACCUUCUACGGCAUCAUGACCGUUCUCGCGGGCGCAUGCGUGCACACGCUGCUCGCCCGGCGCUCGCGCGCGAUGCACUGUCGCCGGUGGCUCGCCAUUCUCGUCGGAUACGUCGUACUCCUCUGGCUGUGUGGCACGCUGUAUAUCGCCUGUCUUUCGCGCACGAUGCAGGACGCGUACGUGUAUCGCAGGCUUGAAGUGCAGGCGCCAUCGGAGUGGGCGGAUUUCACGAUGCCGGAGAAUAUCAUCGGCGAUGCGGCCAAUGUGCUAGCCAUCUGUCUUGCCGAUGGUCUCAUGAUAUGGCGAAUGCGUACAAUAUGGUUUGACUCUGCGUGGUACUCGUGGUUGAUGCCGAUUCCCAUGCUCGCUUAUAUCGGUCUCUGCGUAUCGUGUGGCCUUACCGUUAUAAUGUCCUCCUUACCGGGCCAUGACUUUUACGCCAAAAUCACUUUCAAAACAACGAUCCCAGUUUUUGUUCUCUCUCUGGUUAUCAACGUAUAUACCACCUCGUUCAUGGCCCUCCGACUAUACACCUUUCGCAGGUGGUUUACCAAGCACAUGGGCACCUGCAUCGCGCAUCCAAAGCAGUACACUGACAUGGCCACGAUCUUCGUCGAGUCAUGCGCGCUCCUCACCGUCACUUUCAGUAUCGCUACAGGAUUCUACCUCGCUCAGCACCCCGCUAGGUACCUCUGCAUUGCCGUGCUCUCCCAGGUGCAGAUAAUAUCCCCGCUCCUUGUGAUCUAUCGUAUCUCGCGCGGUAUUGCAUGGAGGGCAGAUACCACGACGACCUCACACAACCAGGACCAGAGCGAUGCUGCGGAGCUCGGAGAUUGUCAGGAUGGAGGAGGCAACUGCUGUGCGGUUGCACCUUGCCCGAGUCUCAAAUUCGCGCGGGUUGAUGACGAUGUUGAGAACUCCGACGAAAAUAACGGCCAAGGGUCCAACGAGAGCAAGGAAGAUGUUUGA